UUUAGCUGAAACCAAACUGCGGAAGACUGAAAAUAGUCAAACAAAGAUCAAAACUUUCUUCUUGUUACAGUUGAUGAACUGAAGAAGAGCAAAAAGAAUGGGGUCAAUUGCCAAAAUUGGGUUGCAAAAAUACUUGUUACAACUUCAGCAACACCCUUUAAGAACAAAGGCAAUAACAGCGGCUGUUUUGUCAGCGAUCAGUGAUAUAGUGGCUCAAAAGAUCACUGGCAUUAAGAGACUUCAAGUCAGACGUCUUCUUCUGAAAGUGCUUUUUGGCUUUGCCUAUCUCGGGCCAUUUGGGCAUUUUCUUCACUUAUUACUGGACAAACUUUUCAAGGGGAAGAAAGACACAACAACAGUUGCAAAAAAGGUGGUGCUGGAACAAGUGACAUCUUCGCCUUGGAAUAACUUGCUUUUCAUGAUUUACUAUGGGUUAGUUAUUGAAAGUAGACCCUGGAUCCAGGUGAAGUCUAAUAUUAAGAGGGAAUAUCCAAAAGUGCAGUAUACAGCUUGGACGUUUUGGCCAGUCGUGGGUUGGAUUAAUCACCAGUAUGUGCCACUGCAAUUCCGUGUAAUCUUUCACAGCAUCAUCGCGUGUGGCUGGGGAAUAUUUUUAAAUCUACGUGCUAGAUCAAUGGCUUUAAAGAAAGCUUGAAAAAAUCUCAAAGUUGCAAUUUGGACAUGGUAACAUAUUCAUAUAUAGUUCAAAGAUUAUAGGGGCUUGCUUCUUCAAGCUCCAUCCAACCUAUACAGGACGUCGCUCGCUUUGUCUCUGCUACUAGUGGCUUAUGUAGUGGUUGGCGUUCCGACGUCCUACUAGUGGCUUGUCUUUAAUGAAUGCUGUCAGUUUUUAGUUUGUUGUAUUUUAUCUUUUUUUUUUUGGGGUUUUUAUUUUCUUGAAUAUUAGGACAUCUUUUUGAAUUAAAAGGUUGGUUAUCAUAGAGCACCAUUCUAAUUGA